CGUCAGUCCCGAGGGAAGCAGACUUCGAGCUCAGAGGGAGAGACGAGAGAGGAUGGAAGAGAGAAAAUGGCAACGAUGGUUUGUAGGGCAGGCUUUUUGCUAAGAGGUGGGAGGUGAAGGAAAGACAGAUAACAGGCAAAAAGACAGAAAAAGAGCAAAAGAAAGUGAGAAGAACAAAUAGAAGGGAAACAGGAGGUGAAGAGCGUUGCAGAGGAAAAGAGAGCAACAGAAGCAGCUAAAGGUUGACGUGUUACCAUGACAACAGAAGCGGGCUCUGAGACAGAGGUGAAGGAGAAAGCAGAGGAGUCAGCCGCUCAGCCAGAGCAGUCGGAGAAGCCCGCAGAAGAAACCAAGGAAGUAACCAACGCUGAGGGAGAGGAGAAGAAGGAAGAGAAGGAGAAAGAGGGGAAAGAGGGGAAGGGAAUAGCUCGCUACCUGCCAACAUGGCUUAAGAAGCAGAAGUCUCAGAGCCAGACCUCCCCAACUAAGGAGGUCCCACCCGCAGAGGAAGCUGUUAGCAAGGUGACACAGGAAGAGGACGGGCCUGCCCCAGAGGUGAACGGUCACGCAGAGGAAGUAGAAGAGAAGGAGGCAGUCAAGUCGGAGGAAGUCAAGGAAAAAGAAGCUGAGUCUCAAUCCACCACCAGUGCAGACACUGAGCCUGCCAAAGAGGAGAAAGUGGAAGAGACUGCUGAGAAAAGUCCUGAAGAGGCAACCGUGACAACAGAGGGAGAGGGAGCAGAGGAGCAGAAGAAGGAGCAGGAAGAAAAGGUGGAAGGUGAAGAAGAGGGGGGAGGAGGAGGAGGACAGACCUCGAUUUUCCAGUCUCCUCUGCGUCUGGUGAGGAAGAACAAGAUGAAGCUGGUGGUGUGUCACGUGACCCUCCUGGACGGGACCGACUUCUCCUGCGAGGUCGAGAAGCGUGCCAAGGGCCAGUACCUGUUCUUUAAGGUGUGUGAGCACCUGAACCUAAUGGAGAAAGACUACUUUGGACUCACAUACGUGGACAACCAUGAACAGAAGUGUUGGUUGGAUCCCACCAAGGAAAUCAAGAGACAGAUACGCAGCAACAACUGGCAGUUUGCAUUCAACGUCAAGUUCUACCCUCCCGACCCCUCACUGCUCACUGAAGACAUUACCAGGUACCUGUUGUGUCUGCAGCUCCGUGAAGAUGUGGCUUCUGGACGGCUGCCUUGCUCAUUUGUCACUCACGCUCUGCUGGGGUCAUACACACUGCAGGCAGAAUUCGGUGACUAUGAACCUGACCAGCCUCGGCUUCUGGACGUCAGUCAGCUGACCUUUGCACCCAAUCAGAAUAAAGAGAUGGAGGAGAAGAUUCUUGAGCUCCACAAAUCUCACAGGGGAAUGACACCAGCACAGGCCGAUGCCCAGUUUCUAGAAAAUGCCAAGAAGCUGUCCAUGUACGGGGUGGACCUGCACCAUGCUAAGGACUCUGAGGGCGUGGACAUCAUGCUGGGUGUGUGCGCCAACGGGCUCCUGGUUUACAAAGACAGGCUUCGGAUAAAUCGCUUCGCUUGGCCUAAAAUACUCAAGAUCUCAUACAAGAGGAACAACUUCUACAUCAAGAUCAGACCAGGAGAGACGGAGCAGUUUGAGAGCACGGUGGGAUUCAAACUCCAGAAUCAUCGAUCUGCCAAAAGGCUGUGGAAAGUCUGCGUGGAGAAUCACAGUUUCUUCAGGUUAAACGCACCAGAACCUCCCACCAAGGCCCGCUUCUUGACUCUGGGCUCCAAGUUCCGUUACAGCGGGCGAACCCAGGCCCAGACCCGCUUGGCCAGCUCCCUCAUAGACCGACCUGCACCCAGCUUCGAACGCACCUCAUCCAAACGUAUCAGCCGCAGUCUGGAUGGAGCACCAGUGAUCAGCAUAACUGAAGCCACAUCUGAGAACGGACGUGAGCCCCACCUGGAGCUCCACUCUGACUCUAAGGUUAAGGAGGUGGACUUAAGCCCUGGUGAUGCUGAAGCCACGCCCACCCAGCAGUCACCUGGAGCCAGUGAGCUCGCCCCCUCUCAGGACCAUGAUAAGACCCAAGAAGACGUUCUCAAACACCAAGCUAGCAUUAGCCAGCUUAAACGCUCCUUUAUGGAGGCGCCACCUCCCUCUCCUCCUCAACCCAACCAGUGGGAGAAACGUCUCACCUCCUCUCCCGCUACAACGAUACGUAUCCAACAGCAACAGCAAGUGGAGAGCACGCCCCAAACGGAAGCAGCUGCUGCCGAUAACACGAUCUCUGAUACCAAAGAGCCUGCAAAGACAACCGAAGUUGAAAUCGAGGAAACCGUUGUCGUCCAAGAGGUUUCUGUAGCACCCAAACCUGGACUUGUCACGGUCACAGCCAGCUCCCCUGCUGGCCCACCCGCAGAGCAGGAAACAAGAGAGCAGGAAGUGACGGUUGCAGAGGAAGUAGUGGUAGCAGAGGAAGGGAAAGCGGCGAAGCAGGAGAGCAUUUCUUCCGAGAGUGAGAGUGAAGAGGAAGCAGAGUACCAUCCAAAUGUGUCCGUAUCCAUCUGCCACACAAAAAUACCAGAGGAGAAGGAAGAGGAGGAAGAGCAGGAGGAGAAAGAGGAGGGUAAGACGGCAGAGCAGGACAUGACAGCUCCAGACGCUCCUUCCCUUCCAGCUGAAAUCAGCCAACCUGUAGAGGCAACCAGUCUAGAGGCAGAGGAGUCCAGGAAAGAGGAGGCAGAGAAGAAGGAGAGCACAGAGGAGAAGAAAGAAGCUGAAAGGGAGAUGGAGGAAAGCACAGAUGAUCCAAUGGUGACACCUGAGGAAGCUCCUAAUGGUCACACCCUGCCUGAGGAGAGCGUCACCAGCACGGUUGCCCCUGCAGAGGAAGAGGAAGAGCCUAAAAUGAACGGAGAGGCUUCUCUGGUUGAAGCAGAGCCACGGCCGCAGGUUAUUUGUUGCUCUGAGCCACCUGUGGUAAAGACAGAAAUGGUGACUAUAUCAGACACGUUUGCAGCCCAGAAAACUGAGAUAGCUACAAAAGAAGUGCCCAUCGUACAUACGGAAACCAAGACCAUCACAUACGAAGCUGCACAGUUGGAUGGUAACGGCGAUGGCGAGCCUGGAGUGUUGAUGACUGCUCAGACAAUCACCUCUGAAUCUCUGUGUACUACCACAACCACACACAUUACCAAGACGUUAAAGGGCGGCCUAUCAGAGACAAGGAUCGAGAAACGUAUCGUCAUCACCGGGGACUGUGACAUCGACCACGACCAGGCACUGGCCCAGGCCAUAAAGGAGGCCAAAGAGCAACAUCCUGACAUGUCUGUUACCAGAGUGGUGGUUCAUAAAGAAACUGAACUGGCUGAGGAGGAGGAUUGACUGAACUCAGAGCUGAAGAGCCCAUCGUGAGUGUUAUUUCUGUUGAACGACCUCCAUCACCCUACGACAACCGACCUUGACUGACUGAAGAGGAGAGGAGCUGGAAGCAGAAGGAGAAGAAGGGGAGAAAGGGGGGAGCGGACAGAUGAAGAGAAGUUGCCAAUCUCUUCCCAGUCGGUUUUUUUCUUACAUGUCUGUGGUGCGUUUAAAUCCCUCACUCCAAAACCAAGUAAAGAAAAACAUCCUCGUAUUUCUGCGGGGACAAAAAAGAACCACUUUGUUAGCUUAACAUUUGUAGCGUGUUUUUAUUUUUUAAUAGUGCUUUUUUUUUUUUUUCUUUUAACUGUUUUACAAAAAGAGAGAUAGUGUGUAUGUCACGUAUUGAAAACGUAAAAGCUGCGGGAUGCACUGAUAACCACUCCUGAUGAGAUACAAGGCUGAAAAUUAUGAUUAUUGCACUGAUUAUUUCACCAGUAGCAGUGACCUUCAGUAACUAUUCACUUACUCACGAGUCAGAGUAAAGAUAGAUAAAAAGAUAACGACCAUCUCAAACAGAGAGCGCUUUUUAUCUUCAUCUUUUUUUGUAAAAUAACGCUGAGGUUUUCAUGUUUUUUGUUCUGUAUCAGCAGUGGGGAGGUGGUAUUGGUGCAUUCCUAAAAAAAAAAAAUUAAUAAAAAAAAGUAAUUUGUUAAAUUACAGCUCCCUCACUUCGUUAUGGAGAAAUAAUAUAACACCGUCAUUUCAAUUUUUUUUUUUACAGUAACGAGUAGGACUGCAGAAACCAGGAGGACACAACCUCUUUAUGUUUUUUUACUUUUUCAAAGUGUAAGAAAAUGAAACGGUCUUACUCAUUA